AUGGGGAAGGGUCACGAUAGCAAGCCCGGAGUGAGGCCGCUACUUCCAUCUGAUGAAGUUGAGCUUACCGCUAAGUUGUCCUCUCAUAGGACUCAUUCUCAUACGACGGUGAUUUCUUCUGUUCGUAGUAACUCAGUGACGAUGCCUGAUUUGGUUAGUCUUCACAGGGUCUCCACCUUAGAGAAGGCCCUCACCGAUACUUCUCAUUUCAUCCCACCUGUGAGUGAGAACGACGAAGAUAUUAAUGCUGACAAGGAAGUACAGACUGAUGUUAUGACUGCCACGGAUGCGGACAUCAAAGAUGCAGAGAUAUUUAGAAGGCAAACUAUAAUACGGAAGGGUAUCAAGGACUUCAAAUUCGGCGAUAUGCUCGGCGAUGGAUCGUACUCGCAAGUGUUCUUAGCAACUUCGAAAACCGACUCAUCAAAAACUUAUGCGGUUAAGGUACUAAACAAAGAAUACCUGAUCAAACAAAAAAAAGUGAAAUAUGUUAACAUCGAAAAGACUGCUCUACAAAAUCUCAAAUCUGUCACUGGCGUGAUUAAUUUAUCAUUUACAUUCCAAGACGAGGCCAAUUUGUAUUUCUUGCUUGAAUACGCCCCCAAUGGAGAUUUCCUUUCUUUGAUUAAGAAAUUUGGUACUCUAAAUGAGGAAUGUACCAUAUACUACUCAGCACAGAUAAUAGAUGCGAUUGGAAGCAUGCACUCUCAUGGCAUUAUACACAGGGACAUUAAGCCGGAAAAUAUUCUUCUCGAUGGGAACAUGAAAAUAAAGCUGACUGAUUUUGGUACUGCCAAGUUGUUACAAAAGAAGAGCGACAAGAACGGUAAACCGCAUUAUAAUUUACUCACCCGUUCCUCCUCCUUUGUGGGUACUGCUGAGUAUGUGUCUCCAGAAUUAUUGUCAGAUAAUUACACAGACUAUAAAUGUGACAUAUGGGCAUUUGGUUGUUUGGUUUACCAAAUGAUUGCUGGUAAACCCCCUUUUAAAGCCACAAAUGAAUAUUUAACAUUUCAGAAAGUAAUGAAAGUUCAAUUUGCAUUCACUGCUGGAUUCCCCACAAUCAUCAGAGAUUUAGUAAAAAAUAUUUUGGUCAAACAACCAGAAAAACGUCUAACAAUCCCUCAGAUCAAGGAGCAUUGCUUAUUCGAGAACAUAAAUUUCUCAGAUAAUUCUGUAUGGAAUAGAGAUCCACCAAAAAUACUUCCCUACAGGAUAAAUGCGAAAUCUAUGCAACCAUUUUCACCUCCUAUUCCCCAGUCUCCAUUUCAGAAAAGCAAGGAUGAUAAGCAUAUCAUUGUAGGGAAAAAUAUCAAAUAUAUUAGAAAACGUACAAAUUUGCCUAACAGCAUCAGCUCACCGAACUUGGAUACUAAAUCUGCACCUAAUUCUCCUACUGUAUCACAACCUAGGAAUAUGGAUAGAAACAUUGAUAUUGCGAUACCAUCACAAAAUUUCAAAUCUUCUGCACAAGGAUUGGCAUUGUCUUCCAAGGGGUCCAACUUCAUUAAAGAUACCCAAACAAAGAAGCAAGAAGGUGCAGACAAUAACAAAGAAACCAAACUUACUACUUCAAAUACAACAAAAUUAUCAAGAUCACAGUCACAGAAAAUUGAUCUACACUCAAAAAUCUACGCCAAGAAAAAAUCAAGCGGUAACUCCAAAGCUCAUGAAUUGCAUGUAAUUACAAAGGAAAUUCCUAUGAAAAAGAAUAUAGAUUCACCUCGUCCCUAUAGUGCAGAUAGUUAUACACCCAAGAAUAAUUAUGAGAAAUCGAGGAAUUCAGGUGCGCCUGAUCUACCAGAGAGGAUAUAUAAGUUCGAUAAGGCCGAAAGUUCACCGUACAAUAGUGAUAGCGAUACUCCAACUGACCGUAACAUGAUCAAAAGAAGGUUUUCAAAGAUCUUACUGACUGAUUUCAUGGAUAUUCAAAAGGAACAUGUUCUCAAUAACAUUAUUGGCGAUAUUAUUGUUGUCGAUACAAAUAUUUUUGAAGACAAAAAACAAAAUUUAUACAAUUGUAUUCUUAAUGAGUCGUUCAGAAAUGCCACGAUUACUAAACAAGAUACUGUUUUCAAAUCAACUAGGGAAAAUUAUCCUCACAAGGAGGAGGACUAUUACUACAAAUCCGAUAUACCUUUUAAAACAGUCUCAGGUAUUAAAGAAUUAGAUAUAUCAGAAGAGGUAAUAUCUAUGAAAUCUGUUGGAGACGAAACAGCAGCUGGUCUUUAUUUCUCUCCAUGUGCAUUCGUAGUUACCACUUUUGGUAGAGCACUCAUGAUUAUGGAAACCUGUGAUAAAUUGAACUUUAAACGAAUCUUUAGCAUUAACUUAUUUUGUUCUGGGACUAGUAUAUGCAUGAAUGAGGUUGGGAUUAUAUCUAUUGUGAACCCUUUUAAGACCUUUAUUUUGAGAUGCAGUAAGAAUGAUGUACUGAUCGUUUUAUCAGCAAUAAAACGUUCAAUUAAGCUCAAUCCAGACAGCGCACCUCCACCAAGUAUCCCGGAAAGUCCUAAGGGGGCUAAUAUUGGUAAAAAUUCUGCUGUUUUUGACGCUGUACAAGCGGCAAGACUAGCUAACCCAAUUUUAUCUAGGGAGAAGUACCACCGUCCCACGUCAACUUACCAUAACAGGAAAGCCCAAAAUAAUACAGACAAGAACAACAACAGAAUAUUUAACUCGUUUGUAAAUGCAAAAGCAAGUUCCAAGAAAUCAGUUUUACCUGUGCCUAAUUCAAGAAAUUUAGUAAAUGGUUUACCCAGCAAUAAGGAACCCCAAACACAUAUGGUAGGAUUAGGUCUUUCGCAAAGGAUGAGGAGAUCUGGGGAUAGAACCCGAAAUGAAACCUUUCAACAAAAGUUUAAUUCUAAAAAUGAGAGUUUCCUGAGACAAAGAUAA